UUCAGACAUUCGGGCGUUUGUCGUUCGAUGUUCAAAAUAGUCGUUGAUGAAUACAUGUGAUGUUGAUAAAAUUAUUUUUUAGUUGUUAAAAUUAAUUUUUUCAUUAUGUUUACUUCGUGUUUUUUAUAUGUGUUCAUAACUUGUAUAGCUAUAUCUCAGGGUUUUUAUGAUUCUAAUAAUGAUUUUAAAUCAAAGAAUGGUUCAAUGUUAACAAAAAUUACAAACGAUAUUGGCACAUCAUCACCAAUUUACAAUACAGAAUUGUUCGAUAAAGAAAAAAAAAUAUUUGCACAUAAAAAUGAAAUGACUGGAGAGUGUAUUUUAAAACUAGUGGAUGAUCAAAUAAAUAUUUUAAAUUUUAAUAAUAAUUACGACCAAAAUAUGGAAUUGACUGAAGAUGAGAUGAUUGAAAUUAUUGGCGAAAAUUUAAGAAACUUUUGCAAAGAUAAAAUCAUUAUUUUUAAUAACUUCAACAAUAAACGUUUUAAUAGAUCAAAACGUUCUACAGAUAAAAAACGAUAUCAAGGUCAAACCCAAACUCAAUUUGUUAGUUUUGGUUCAAAAAAUUCAAACCAAGAAACGAAAAAUGGACUAGCCGAAGCCUUGUCACAGCCUGAUUUAUCAAGGGCAACAGUGAGUGGUUUAAAUGGUAUGGGACAAGCUCAAAGUCAGUCAAGCUUUGGUGAUUGUAAUGAAUGUUCUGGACAGGAUUAUCAAACGCAUUCAACACACGUUAUCAAUCCUCAUCCAGAAUAUUUUCCACCGCUUCGACCCUUAAGUUCUGUUUCUCAAAAUCAAAAUUCAAGACCAUUUAGUGAAUCAAGUACAAAUAGACAGUCACCAGGUUUUCAAAAUGGAGAAAAUCGAAGAGAACAUUCUAUUAAUGAUCAAUUUCCAGAUACAUAUUCAGAUUUAGGAACAAGUAAUAAAUUACCAGGUAAUCAAGUUCAUGGAUAUGGUAUCAGGCCAUCUCCCAGUGGUCAGUAUCCAGGAUCAGAUACAAACUAUAAAGUUGCUGAUAAACAGAAUCAAGGAUAUGUGAUUAAUGAACAAUAUCCAAAAUCUGACACAAACAAUAAAUUAUCGGAUAAUCAAAAUUACGGAUAUGGUAUCAUUCCAUCUGUUGAUAAUCAAUACAUAGGUACAGGAAAAAACAAUCAAUUACCUGAAAAUCAAGAUAAUAGGUAUGGUAUCGAAUCGCCUCUCUACCCAGGUAAAAUCCAAGGUUCGAAAUCAAAUAAUAAUACAGAACUGGGUAAAAUAGACUCGGGACAUGUAUAUAAUUCUGUAAAUGAACAAAUUCCAAAUUUAGUUAAUACUGAUACACCAGAAUACAAAAAAAAUGUAAAUAAUGAUAAAGCAUACCCAAACUCACAUUCCAUUAAUUCUAAUCCAUUUAAUCCCAGCACAUGGGGCUAUCCUAAUAAAAUCGGUAAUAAUAAUCCUAAUAUAAAUCCACAAAUCUAUUUAGAUGGGUCAGGGUUUCCCAAUACUCCGCCAGGAUCUGGUCAAAGAGUACUAACUCCACAUAACACACCAAAUUACGAUUCGAUACAUCCUAAUUACAAUCGGCAAAUUCCAGAAACAACUUCAAUAGAACAUCAAAAUAAACCAUCAAAUUCCCCAUCUAUUCAUAUACCUAACUAUCAACACUCAAUACCAAAUGUCUUAGGUCAAUUAACACCAAAUAUGCCUAUUUUAAGUGAUAUGAAUUCACAAAAUAAGCAAAGGAUUAUAAGCGAAGCUGAUGGAACUAUACUAAAUGGAUAUCCAUUUUCUUCAGAUGUACAUGGAGGCCAAGGUUAUGCCCAACUAAAUAUACCUUCGUUAUGCAAUUUCUUAUACCAGACAUGUCUUAAUGCAUUGUCGAAUAAUAAAAGACUAAAUGAAUUUCAAAUAGCUAAUUCACAAAAUAAUGUAGGAAAUUCAAACACGGAAAAACAAAUUGGUAAUACACAGGCACCUAUCACACAUCAAAUAGGUUUCCCAUUAUAUGGAGAAGGAAUUAAUCAAUAUCAAAAACAACCUAAUUCUGGCCAACCUCAAUACACAAUUGGGUCAGUUGGAUCUAGUAUUCAACAUCCUAUUUUUACUGAAACCGGUGGAAAUAUAAACAGAUUGCAAUCUAGUUAUGGUCAGCCUCAAAAUACAUUAGGAUCCGGUGGAUCUGGCGUCCAGCAGUCGGGAUACGCUCCAUCGAGUGGACAUGUAAAUCAAAUGCAAUCUAGUUAUGGUCAGCCUCAAAAUACAUUAGGAUCCGGUGGAUCUGGCGUCCAGCAGUCGGGAUACGCUCCAUCGAGUGGACAUGUAAAUCAAAUGCAAACUGGUUAUGGUCAGCCUCAAAGUACUUUAGGAUCCGGUGGAUCUGGCGUCCAGCAGUCGGGAUACGCUCCAUCGAGUGGACAUGUAAAUCAAAUGCAAACUGGUUAUGGUCAGCCUCAAAGUACUUUAGGAUCCGGUGGAUCUGGCGUCCAACAAUCAGGAUACACUCCAUUGGGUGGAAAUGUAAAUCAAAUGCAAACUGGUUAUGGUCAGCCUCAAAGUACUUUAGGAUCCGGUGGAUCUGGCGUCCAGCAAUCGGGAUACGCUCCAUCGAGUGGAAAUGUAAAUCAAAUGCAAACUGGUUAUGGUCAGCCUCAAAGUACUUUAGGAUCCGGACGAUCUGGAGUUCAGCAACCAGGAUACUUUCCAUCAAGUGGAAGUGUAAAUCAAAUGCAACCUGGUUAUGGUCAACCUCAAAGUACUUUAGGAUCCAGCGGAUCUGGUGUCCAGCAAUCAGGAUACGCUCCAUCGAGUGGAAAUUUAAAUCAAAUGCAACCUGGUUAUGGUCAACCUCAAAGUACUUUAGGAUCCAGCGGAUCUGGCGUCCAGCAGUCGAGAUACGCUCCAUCGAGUGGAAAUAUAAAUCAAAUGCAACCUGGUUAUAGUCAACCUCAAAGUACUUUAGGAUCUAGCGGAUCUGGCGUCCAGCAAUCAGGAUACGCUCCAUCUAGUGGAAAUUUAAAUCAAAUGCAACCUGGUUAUGGUCAACCUCAAAGUACUUUAGGAUCCAGCGGAUCUGGCGUCCAGCAAUCAGGAUACGCUCCAUCGAGUGGAAAUGUAAAUCAAAUGCAACCUAGUUAUGGUCAACCUCAAAGUACUUUAGAAUCCGGUGGAUCUGGCGUCCAGCAGUCGGGAUACGCUCCAUCGAGUGGACAUGUAAAUCAAAUGCAAACUGGUUAUGGUCAGCCUCAAAGUACCUUAGGAUCCGGUAGAUCUGGCGUCCAGCAAUCGGGAUACGCUCCAUCGAGUGGACAUGUAAAUCAAAUGCAAACUGGUUAUGGUCAGCCUCAAAGUACUUUAGGAUCCGGUGGAUCUGGCGUUCAACAAUCAGGAUACACUCCAGCCGGUGGAAAUGUAAAUCAAAUGCAACCUGAAUCAUAUGGCGAUAACAGUUUUAGAGGUCCAUCGUUUAAACCACGAUCAGAAAUGGGGAAUAUUAAUCCAUCAACAAAUCCAAUUAUCGGUGGUCAAUUUGGAACAGAUAUAUCAUCUGGAGGUUCUGUAAUUCCAAUUGAUACUGAAGGAGGAGAUGCUCAAUCAAUGACUAAUGUAGAUGUUGAUGGCCAAGAAACUAGAGCAUCAGCUUCAGCUCAAGGAAAGUCCAAAACAGGUAUGAGUCAGACACAAGUGUCUGGAUCAUAUUUAGGAACAGGAACUUUUUCUGCCCAAGCUCAAACUAGUGAUAGCGAUAAAGGAGCUCAGAGCCAAAUUGUAAGUAAUACAAAUGGUACAACCAGUACAGCACAAGGAAAAGGUGGAAGGGGACAAGCACAAUCCCAAGUUCUUUAUAAUGCUGAUAAUGGCAUUGCUCUAGGUGAGGCACAAAGCUCAGGAAUUAAUUAUGGGACCAACACUCAAUUACAAGCUGGUAUUAAAGGAGGAAUGGCAGAUGCACAAUCAACUGGCCUAGGAAGUACUUCCAGUCAGGCGCAAAUCGGUUUCUUACCACACGAGUCUAACAAUAGCACUAAUCAAAAGUCAUUAUUCAAAGGUGGUGGUACAACUUCAGCUCAAGGUGGAUCACAUAGUGGUCAAUCGCAAAGUCAACUAUUUGGGUCAUUUAAACAUGGGAUUUCAUACAAUGGUGCUGCUCAAGCAAGUUCUGGUAAAAAACUUCAAAACUUACCAAAAUUAAAUUUAGCUGAUGCUAAGUUAAAAAUUGGACAAAUGGAAGGAUCCAAUAAUGAAGUUAAAAAUCAAACUAAUGCACUUAAAAACUUGCAAUUUAUUCCAAAUCUAAUAAGAUCUCAAAAUCAAACAGAAAAUUCCAGAAUCGAUAUCCCCAAACAACAAAAUAUUUCUUCAACACAAACUCCUCCACCAAUUUUACCACAAGAAUCAUCCAAAAAUGCCGAUAUUUAUCCUGAGUAUGAGGAUAAUGAUGAGUAUGAUGAUGAUAGUGAUGAAAUAAUAAAUACAAAAUCUGUACAAACCAAAAAAGAAACAACCCCAAAGCAAGAACAAAAUAUUAUUUUAAAUUUAGAUGACAAACAUGAUGCCCAAAUUACUCGUGAUUCCGCUAGUCAGCUGAAAUCUGGACAAGUAUUAGAUGCUGGCCAAGUUAUACCCGGUACUAAUGGAACAAAAAUACCAAGUGGAUUUAGAGGAAGGGUAGCUUCAGUAGCUGGAGAUCAUACCGAAGCUCAAGCAAUUCCAGGAGGUCAAGCACAAACUCAAACUGUUUUCUUAUCACCUGGAGCAGGUAGUUUAACUGUGGUAGACAAAACAAAAUUAAGAGCACAGUUAAAUAAAGAAUCAUAUGUUAGUCCUAACACUUUCCAAACUAAAAUAAAUGGAGGAAUAAGCAAAUUUAAACCUAAUGAAAAUAAUGUUCAGUAUUUUACUAAAUCAUCAACUUGUGGUUACUUUUCAUUUUCGUGUAACUAUGUGAAUGGUGCUACAAAUGGGGCUAAAAUAUGCAAGCCGAAUCCACCACCUUUCCCCUGCCUGAAAAGUAAUUAA